GAUGCGCCCGUCACGAUCGGGUAAUGACAAGGGGAAGAGGAUUAGUAAUGAUUUUUUCUGUGUGCGCAUCUUGUAUUUUUUAGUUAAUUUCAGUCACUUAACGAAACCGAAGCUUCGACGACGUGUCCGACAUUAGCCACAUUACGGACUCAAACAUCAGUCUUCAAGUCUCAGCACUCGUUGAAGGUUUGCAACCUACUUUAGUUUAGCCUAGCUGGCCAACCACUAACAAAGCUGCAAGGCACGUCGUCAAGCGUUGAGAAAAUGUCCGGGAAACCGGCACUGGCUGCAGUAAAGUUCCAGGAGGUAAAAGAGGAGCCCCCACGCCACCAAGACUCGACUGUGUGUAAAAUAAUGCACGCAAAGGCUGUUCUUCACACUCUAGAAGAUCUGAAUGUCACCCAAGCUCAUCGUCCGGCGCACCAGGAGUCUGCAUGCAUCAAGAAGGAGGGGGAGGAAGAGUCACCAUACAUGAAGGAUGAGGAAGAGUCCAUACCCAUUCAAGGUUUCAGCAAAUAUCUUGGUCCUGACGCUCAACAACUUAAGAGAGAAGUACAACUUCCAAUCAAAAAGGAGGAGGUAGAGCUGCCAUACGUUAAAGAGGAGGACAAUAUCACCAUGUCGACCGGUGAGCCCUUGAAUGGCGAGGAUGGUCCGAGUGAGGUCAGCAGAGGGACGGAGCCUCCAAGCAGCAGCAGCAGCUUAACAGAAGGAUUGCAAACACAGAUUUUCCUCGCUCCAUCAAACAGAAAUGGUGCUAUGUCACACUCACCUUACAAGGAUGAUCAUGGUCAUAAGAAAUCUCACCGUGACGGCCAACUCUGCAAAUGCUCUCAGUGUGGGAAAACCUUUGCUAAUAACGAUACUUAUCGUAUGCAUAUGAGGAGCCACACCGGUGAAAAACCUUUUUCCUGCUCAGUUUGUGGUCAAGGGUUCACUCAAAUUUCCCACUUAAAAGCGCACACAAGAACCCACACUGGUGAAAAACCUUUUUCUUGCUCAGAUUGUGGAAAAAGAUUCACUGGAAAGACAUCCUUACAAAUACAUACACGAACCCACACCGGUGAAAAACCUUUUUCCUGCUCAGUUUGUGGUCAAGGAUUCACUCAAAUUCCCAACUUAAAAGCACACACAAGAACCCACACUGGUGAAAAACCUUUUUCCUGCUCAGAUUGUGGUAAAAAAUUCUCUGAAAAAAGCAACUUGAAACGACACACAAGAGCCCACACUGGUGAAAAACCUUUUUCCUGCUCAGUUUGUGGUCAAGGAUUCACUCAGAAGAGCAGCCUUGACAGUCACACAAGAACCCACACUGGUGAAAAACCUUUUUGCUGCUCAGAUUGUGGGAAAACAUUCACUCAUAAGAGUAGCUUUGACAGACACACAAGAACCCACACUGGUGAAAAACCUUUUUCCUGCUCAGAUUGUGGGACAACAUUCACUCAUAAGAGCAGCUUUGAAAGACACACAAGAACCCACACUGGUGAAAAACCUUUUUCUUGCUCAGAUUGUGGAAAUAGAUUCACUGGAAAGACAUCCUUACAAAUACAUACACGAACCCACACUGGUGAAAAGCCUUUUUCCUGCUCAGAUUGUGGUAAAAAAUUCUCUGAAAACAACUUGAAACAACACACAAGAGCCCACACUGGUGAAAAACCUUUUUCCUGCACAGAUUGUGGAAAAACAUUCACUCAGAAGAGCAGCUUUGACACACACACAAGAAUCCACACUGGUGAAAAACCUUUUUCCUGCUCAGUUUGUGGUCAAGGAUUCAGCCGUAAGGGUACCUUAAAAUCCCACACAAGAACCCACACUGGUGAAAAACCUUUUUCCUGCUCAGUUUGUGGUCAAGGAUUCAGCCAUAAGGGUACCUUGAAAUCCCACGCAAGAACCCACACUGGUGAAAAACCUUUUUUCUGCUCAGUUUGUGGCCAAGGAUUCACUCAAAUUCCCUACUUAAAAACACACACAAGAACCCACACUGGUGAAAAACCUUUUUCCAGCUCAGUUUGUGGUAAAAGAUUCACUCAGAAGUGCACCUUAAACACACACACAAGAACCCACACUGGUGAAAAACCUUUUUCCUGCUCAGUUUGUGGUCAAGGAUUCAGCCAUAAGGGUACCUUAAAAUCCCACGCAAGAACCCACACUGGUGAAAAACCUUUUUCCUGCUCAGAUUGUGGUAAAAAAUUUGCCCGCAAGGAUCGGACUAAAAGACACGUGUGUAUUGGUGUGAAAAGCAGUGGCCAAUGACUGUUUUGCCUGUCAUCCAUGUUGCCUAGAUCAGAUUGUGCACACAGGUCAAUUGUAGUCUGCAGAGUUUCCUCAAAUCCUGUUGAGGAUUGGCAGUAUUGGUGCUUUACAUGUGCUUUGUCCAAUCCUUGUAUAAUGUGGGUCCACACUAUUGCCAAAAGUAUUGGCUCACCUGAUUGAACCCUCAAGUUGAGUGGCAUUAUUUAUACAAUACUCUCCCUGUUUCAAAUUACACUUUUCACGGCUAAUAUUUGAAACACUAGACCCCAAAUUACAAAAAUUCUAAAUCAUUCAUCAAUAGACCCCACUCACGUGACGUCACAACCACGCCUCCGCGCCAUAUUGUCCGUCAGCUCGUCGUGUUUACGCAUUACCGCUACGUAAAUUAAUCCUAUUAUGGUGUGUUUUUCUGCUCGUUAACAUUAAUAAUCAAAAUGGCGAAGGCGUGUGUGGCGGUUGGUUGCAGUAACAGAAAAGAUAGACGGAGAGACUUGAAGUUCUACCGUAUUCCGAGAAACACGGAGAGGAGAGCGAGAUGGACUGCUACAAUUCGACGAGAAAACUGGGCACCAAACAAUCACCGCAGAUUAUGUAGUAGUCAUUUUAUAUCUGGUAAGAUGCAUUUAAUAUGUAUUUAGAGGGUUUUGGGCUGACAACCACAAUCAAAAUAAUUGCGAGGCUAAUCGCCGACAGGAUACAGUUUCAAAUUCAAGAUGUUUAUUCCUUCCGCCAUCAUUAUUUUUUGAAUAAUAUUUAGCUGGUACCAAGCGAAAGAAGCUGGCCUCGUCUCCGGAUCAUCAGUUAAACAGGGGUGUCCAGAUUUGGUGUAGUAAAUAUGUGGGGGGGCUACCUUGGCUGAUUUACGUAGAACAAUAUAUUUAAACACAUUUUAGCAAGCCCUUCUGUGUGUCACAUUUGCUUUAUUAUUAUUUUUUUAAUUAAUAAUUUCAACAAUCUCGCCUUAGUGGCGUUCUCUUUCGACACUCGGGCCCUUGCGAAAUACUGCUGCUGUGAAAUUAAACUAGCUUCAAGUUGCUAUAAUUUCUCGCUGCGUAUCUACCCUGUAAUGUUGGACAUGUCAGCGUGUCUUGUUUGGUAAAAUCGCAUCACAUCGAACUCUUUGAAAACAGUGACUGUCUCUUUGCAAAUGAGGCAGACACAGUUGUUGAGUAUUUUAUUGAAGAAAUAGUCCAAUAUCCACCUAUCCUUGAAGCGUCGGCCAUCGCAGUCAACUUUUUUUUUUUUUUUUUUUUGUCGCCAUUUUAGAAAAUUGGAAGUAAAGGGUCUCACACUGGGUAAUGUUGCUUAAAGUGCUGCUCUUGAAGUUUUUCAAACUUUCGUGAGAAUAGGCUGAUUUUAGGUGGAUAAGAUAGUUGUAGAUAUCAGGGUAGCAGAUGUCAGGCAGAGAGGGCGAAGACAGCGGGUCGAAAAAUAUCCAUUUAGGCAUCAAAUAUGGAUCUGGCGAAUGGAUAGACUGAAGCUUUUCCACAUAACGCCUUUUAUGCAACGCAUCCAAUGAGUUUACAGCGUCUGAAAGCACCGGGGCUUCCAUGAAUUGCACUAUAAAUUGCACAACAAAUUGAAACCAUUGAGAAUACGGAUAAACAAUGACGGACAAUAUGGCGGCCGGAUACAGCGACACGUCAUUCUGUGACGUUGCUGAGUAGGGUCUAUAAUAUAAUUACAUAAAGAUGGAAACUAUGAUUAGAUGUAGAUGAGCUAAAAGAUAACAGAUUUCCUUAUUUUGGAAACUGAUGGAAAACCACUGAAAUGCCGAUAAAACUGCUUUUGGCACGGUUAUUCCUAUAACACUAAUUUUCAUUCAAUUUUUUUUCCCCAAUGAUUUGCAAAAUAAAAGUUAACAGAACCAGCAGUAACCCCAACCUCCAUCUCCUAAUCCCCCCCACAUUUCCUAAAUGCAAAACCUCCAUUUAAACUAAAGAAUAUUGGUUGUUCAUUAAAAUAGCGUACUGCUGUUGACAUGUCAUCUGUGCUCAUUAAUAUUCAUGACGUUAGCAA